UGGUAGCCGAUGGUACGGCCCAAUUAGCAGGCCAUAGUAUAUAACAGUCCUUUGCGAUGGGCCAUGCCUUUUCUGCACCGGGGGAAGACCUGACCACCAGCAUGAACUACUUGGCUCUGUCUGUGCUGCUAUGUGCUCUGGCGCCACUGUCAAAUGCUCAUUGCUUCCAUAAGGCCAUAAAACCAGGCGUGACCCGUUGUCAGGACGAUGUGGAUCAGACGUGGCAUGCUGUGGGAUCUAGAUGGAGAAACAGUGCAUGUAUGGACUGUGACUGCGGUGGCUGCUGUGCUGGGUAUUCAACCCCCAGAUGUUUCCCUGAUGACUGCGUGUCAGUUUUUGACUCUGAUGCUUGUAAAUACAUAGUGCACAAGAAGAACGACCCAUCCAUAUUAUGUCCAAUUUAUGGAGCAGUAGGGAAGUGAUGGCUGUUUUGAAGGUCUGCAGUAUUUUCUUGGACGAGUGAGAAAGAUGGAGUUGGGAUCCCUCACUGGCUUCUCACCGGGAAACACUGCCUGUUGUGUUGGUUGUAACACACUACCAAACACGAAGAACAGCUGCUGAAAAUAAAAUCUCAAAAUGUAAAUUUC